UUCUGCCGCUGCCUUUGGUUCGGAAAUCCCGCCUCCUCACCACCAAGCCAGCAGGGAAAGGCCCUGCCCCCACCCACCUACUCCCUAUCCUCACCUGGAAGUGGACCCGUUGAGCGGAGGCAUCCAUUUCUCAUGUCAGAGCAACGUCAGAACAACCAACUACCCGCUAAGGAGGCUGUUCCACCCCCUAAGAUAUGGAUCCAUCAUUCCCAGAGCCCCACACCACCAGCCAAGAGUUGGACCCCACAGGUUUAGAUUUCACCCCUGUUGGCCAAUAUUAUUUCUCUGCUGGCUACAUGUACGACUCUCUGUACCAAGAACUGGACCUGGACUCUCUUCAUGAAGAUCUUUCCCAUUCCAUGCCAGGUACCAUGACAGUGACCUAAGCAAACACACAUGAAUCCCACCUGACUGCUGAACCAGAGGAUCUCAGAGAGGCUGAAUGAAAGGAGCUCAAAUCCGAGCUCACUAAAGUGGAAGAGGAAGUUAUAACGCUACGCCACGCUCUGGCAGCCAAAGAAAGAUGUUGCAUGGAGCUCAAGAGGAAGCUGGGCCUCAUAGCCUUGGUGGGGCUAAGGCAGAAUCUGUCCAAAGGCUGGCCUGAUGUUCAAGUCUCCAGUGUUUACAUGAAACAAAAGACAUCAGCUGCCCUGUCCACCAUGGGUUCUGCCAUUCGCAGGAAGCUUGGAGACAUGAAGAAGUCAACCACAUUCAGAUCUUUUGAAGGUCUGAUGGGGGCAAUCAAGUCCAGAGUUGCGGGUGACAGAGAGUUUAGCAGUAACUGCCUUCCUUCUUCAGCUGGGAGUGGAGAUGAUUCGCUCCUAGCUUCAGGGAGUAGGGACGAUCCACUUCCACUUUCCAGGAGUGGGAAUGAUCCAGUUCAGUGGAGUGGAGUCGAUCCAGUUCUGAGGAGUAGAGAUGAUCUGGUUGCAGUCAGUGGGCAUGACCUUCUGCCCUUUCUGGAGCCAGAAUGA